AUGAAAGGUCUAAUUAUUUUUGGAAUAUUUUUCGGAAUCUCUAACGCUCUUCAAUGUUAUGAAGGUGAAGGAUCUGAUUUACAGGUUUGUAUGAAAUGUUUGAAACAUAGAGAUAUCUCAGCUCAUAUGAAUUUUCAUAUUCUCGGAAUUGUUUUACUGGCUUCUUUCAUAUUGAACCGUUUUCACAAAAAUGUGCGAGCAAAACCGAAACAAUUGUCUAACAGCCUUUCAAUCCCGAGUUUCCCAUCUCAAAAUUUGCACCCAAUUUUUUUGUUACAUCAAUGUUAAUUUGAUACCUCAGAUCACAGAUAAUUUGUAUUUCAUUCAUUCAUUUUUAUAAUCUCAAAGAUUUUUGAGCUCUUCCAAAAUGUAUCUCCAAAAAAAUAUAUAUCUCUCAUAUGAUGACACCUUCCCAUUAAUCAAUUAAAAUUAUAAUUAGAAAAAGAAACCGGCAACAUUUUUUUAUUGCAGAAUUAAUUUUUCAGUGAUAAGAAUCCAAUUUUUCGUAGAUCAAAAAUGUUAUGACGUGGCUAUUCGAAAAUUUCUAGGAAACCCGUGUGAUUUCUAUCUGGAAAACUACGCAUUUUCAGAUUAUAGUGGAUAAAGACUCUGAAAUUUUGUUGAUAUCCAGAUUUGCCACGUCACAACUUAUAUUUUUGUGUUUGUUUUUUUUUUGAGAAAAACAUUUAGUUGAAAAUAUUUAAGACUUCGUUCCAGCCACAGCUUAACAAAAUUUAAAAAAAAAGUGAAAUCCUAAUUGCCACGUGGCAUUUCCAAAUGAAAAAAAUGUUAGAUUAAAACCAUGAUUUUGCAACGUGGAUAUAGAAGUGUUGCAAUCAAAUUUUCAUGAACGCCAACUUUCAAAUAAAAAAUUAGCAUGUAAAUAAAUUAAUUCCAUUUGGGACUUUUUUCAAUUUCCUGGUAGCUAAUUCAAAAAAAAAAAAACAAUUUAUUAAUCGCUGAGGUUAAAAAUAUGGGUUGAGAAUUUUUGCCACGUGGUAUAGCUUACUGUAGAAUCGAUUAACUGAAAAAGAGAACUAUUUCUUUUUCAACCUAAAAUUUCAAAUUUUGUUACGUGAAUUUAAAAUAUUCAAAAUUCAAAAAAAAAAACCCCUGAAAUUCCUGCCACGUGGAAUCUCAAUAUUUUUCAGACAAAAGAAUGUGAAGCUAUUGAUCUAUGGUGUAUAAAAAUGAUAAGUGGAUCAAAUAUAACUCGCGGAUGCGCGAAUGUUUAUGAUUACUGUGUUGAUGAAGAUGAAGGGUAACUUUUUUUCCUGUUUUCUCCAAUCAGAAUUUAAAAAAAUCUUAAUUAAUUGUUUUUUUCAGUUGCUAUCCUGAAACCGAACUACUAAAUGGACAAAUCGAAAAAUGGUGUUGCUGCAACAAAAACCUUUGUAACUCAUCUCCAGAAUAUCUCAUGUCUAAAUUCUUUUCAAUUUUCAUUUUAUUAUCAAUUAUAACAUUUUUGGUCAACAACAAUAAUUAG